AUGAACUCAUCAAAUUUAGCAUUUCAUGAAGAUCAAAAUGGUCAAUCAUUAUAUUAUUCAGACUUACCAAUCAGGUCACAAAUUUUAAGGGAUAAAUAUAGAUUCUAUGGUAGAAAAAUUAUAUUUUAUUUAUAUUUGGCUUAUUUUAUAACAGCAAUAGAGUUGUUUCCAAUAUUAUUAACAAAUUUAACAUUUUGGGCAUGGUUAGUUCAUACACUUUAUUGGGAAACAGAUUUAGCAAAUUCAAAACAUAAUAUAUUUAUAAAGAUUUUACAUCCACUUAGUUUUGUGCUAAGUUUUGUUGUAAUGAUAACAUCAAUUAUAUUAUUAAUUAUAUUGAAUCCAGAAUUCAUUGCAAAUCGAGCCCAAUUGGAGGGUCAUAGUAUAGUGUUUGCUUGGUGUUUAAAUAUUUUAAUUCAUUGGAUUCCACCGAUUAUGUUAGUGUUUGAUUUAAUCUUACAUAAGGAACAUAUUAGAAAGAGACAUCGUAUAUUUUUAUCAAGAAGAAAUAAUUUGAAGACUUGGAUCAAGGAUGGUGUUAAAGUAUUUUGGUGCGUAGUUUCUCCAAUGAUUCUAGUGGCUGCUUGGUUUGGCGCAGGUUUUACAAUUCAAGGUGUUUAUGGUGUUACAAAUUACAAUUUAUCUUAUCUUAUUCCUUCAAUGUGUGCUGUUGAUAUGAUUGUAGCUUUUUUCUUUAUUUGGGUUGUUAGAAAAAAACCAGAUUCCUAUAUAAGAUUAAAUAGUUAA